UCAGGUUCCUAUAAUUCUUUUAUAUUUUUCAGUUCAUAGAUCUGUGUUUAUUAGUAGACACAGACACUCCCUUUGGUUUUGCCUCAACUUUUGUAUUUUCUUGGAGAACAGAAACAGUACACCCUAUAUAAUGAUAAUUUGUUUGAACUAUUCUUGUAAUUUCAAGGUGCAAGAAGGGCAAUAUAGUCAUAAAGAAUAAUAUAAUAUAUCUUGUAUUAUCUACCAUGCUUUGACAAAUCUACUUCUGCUAAUACAGUUCCAAAACCACUUUAAGCUUAUUUUUCCAAAGCAUUUUUUUUUGUAUUAAUGGAAGCAGAGACAGUGUUGAAGCUCUUUGAUUCUUGCUGGUUUGGGAUUCAAGACAUGAAGGAACAAGAACCUUGUUCAUCAAGUUCUCAUGAAAACACAAAUCAUCAAACCAAAGAAGGAAUAUCAGAAUCCGAAGAACCGAUGCUUUUGCGCAGCCAAACUAUUCAUACAAGGUCUAUGAGCGACCAAUUGGGCAACAUGACAUGCUCCAUGCAUGAUGAUUCUAGUUCCCCAGAGCUUGACAUGUUGCCAUCAAAGCUUCAAACCAUUCUUUCAGGAAAAGAUAUCAUGGACACUGAACAUGGUGAAAGGAAAGCACAGGUGCAAGUGCAACUUGAAGGGUUUCCUAAUAAGAAGAAGAACAACAACAACACAAGCAGAGGAAGGAAGAAGAAGAGAAGGGGAAGCAAGAGUUUAUCAGACCUUGAAUUUGAGGAGCUUAAAGGGUUUAUGGAUCUUGGCUUUGUUUUCUCAGAGGAAGACAAAGAUUCAAGCUUGGCUUCAAUCCUUCCUGGUUUGCAAAGGUUAGGGAAGAAGAGUGUCAAGAAUGAGGAAGAUGAGGAAGAAGAAGAUGAUGAUGAUGAUGAAGAAGAUGAGGAGAAUUGUGAUAAGGCUCCAGUUCCAAGACCUUACCUUUCAGAAGCAUGGAAGGUACAUAAGAAAAAGAAAGAGAACCCUUUGAAGAAUUGGAAGGUUCCUGCUUUGAACAAUGAAAAUGACAUUAAAGAUAGCCUCAAGUUAUGGGCUCACACUGUUGCUUCCAAUGUCAGAUGAUAAUGAAUAAAAUAAACUUCAUGGUUCAACUUCAAGUAUUUUCUGUCUCACAUAUUUCAGAUUAUAACUUUGAAAAUUUUGUUCAAUAUUUUUGGUUAAUGCAGUUUCCCUUCCUAUUUCAUUCACUUCCUACUUCUCUAUGUUGUUGAACUCUUCUACUUCUGAAAUUUGCUGAGUUCCACACUUCACAAACUUGGAAAUAUAGACAAAAAGACUAGGUCAUGGUCAUGGGGCAAUUUAUGUAGGAAUAGAACCAAUGGCAGGCCUGAAUAUUGUACUGUUUGAAAUAAGGAUAACUUAAAAGGACUCAGGCUACAGCCUACAGAGCUUUCAGCUUUGUUUACUUUUUCGCUUGCUAAGGUGAAGGACUUACAGUUACAUUACAGUGAUAGAUAUUUAAUUUAACAGCCUGUGUUCUAAGGUAAAAAGUAAUAUGUUACCAUGCUAUGUGAAGAAGACUAAAGAAGCAGAAAUGAUUUUAUUGUUAUAGCAUGUAAAACAUUGUGGUAAAACAAUAAUUAGCAUGAAUCAUUACAAGCUGAUUGGCAGAACUAUA